AUGCCGAAGGGCAAGAAGGGUAGCAAAGGUAAAAAGAAGCUAUCGCCAGACGAAAUUGCAGCACAGGAGAUUCAGCAAGAAAUCCAGCCCAUCUUCGAGCUCUACGAUGCAGAUCGGGAUGGCUUCUUGUCCAUCAAAGAGUUUCCUUACUUCAUGAAAGCUGUAUGCUCUCCGCUACCCCCAGAAUUGGAAGAGCGCGUCGAGUCUACGUUUACAGCAAUCGAUAUCGCCAUCGCUACAGAGUUUGUCAGAGAGGUCCGUGAAAACAUGCACAUAGCAGAUAGAAUGAAAGAGGAGUUCUUUUCUAUUUUGAACUUAUCGGAGGUGCGAACAGGCCCCAUUCAGGAGAUCAAGACUCUAAACUCUAUUCUCUGUGUAGGGGAGUUUAAAGUAUCUCCUAAAGAAAUAAAAUGGCUCCUCAAGCAUGUGCAGAAAAACAUGGCCCAAGACCUUCAGCGACAAAUGAUCGGGGAGGGAAAAAGCCAAGAAGAAAUCAAGGCGGCCAUGGACGCCGUCUACAAGAGCGACAAGACAGACAUCCGCGAGAUAAUUAAAGUGAUGAACUUCAGUAUUCAGACCGGCACGUGUCUUCUACCAGAGGAGGAAAAGGAGCGGAAGCGAAAGGAGGAGGCUGCAGCAAAGAAGAAAGCCGAAAGAGAAAAAGAACUGAAGGAACGACAAAAGAAAUAA